CUGUCAACAUGGACAAGCCAAAUAUCUCCUGGAUAACAAUUCGUCAAAGGAGACACCUUACUCGGUGCAGUUAUCGAUGUAAUCUUUAAAUAUUAGAUAAACAAUGCUCAUACACACUCUUGUGGUGAAAGUUAUGUUUGCGGGAGGAAGUUUCUUUGACAAAUUAUUUGCUGGCUAAAGUGCUUCGAUGAAUGGAGUCUUGGUCCACAUAAACCUGGCAGCUUCGGAGGAGGCCAGCUGGGAAUGAGCUCAACUUUGUGCCGAGAACGUGGACUCAGCUACAAGUUGGAGAGCGCUCAUUAGAGCCAGACUGUGGCGGCUCAGCUCAUUUGUCAAGGUAACCAAAAGCACCAGUCAGACUGAUCAAAUCAAAACAAACAAGAAACCUGCGAGGACAUAUUGGACAUCUGUCACUGUUGAACGUGUUGUGCUUCAACCAGAGCUAAAUCACAAAUGGAGGACAUUGAGGCGGAUGACAAGAGCCACAUGAGGAGCUCAGUGACGUCUUUACCAGAGAGCUAUAGCACCGUCAACUGGAACGAAAUUCAUGAUGACGGUGUGAGCAAAGUCCAUCAACGCACCCACACUGGAGAGAGGCCAUACAGCUGUGGCCAGUGUGAGAAGAGUUUCACCAGAAAAGGUCACCUGACGGUCCAUCAACGGACCCACACUGGAGAAAGGCCAUACAGCUGUGGCCAGUGUGAGAAGAGUUUCAUCACAAAACGCGACCUGACAGUCCAUCAACGGACCCACACUGGAGAAAGGCCAUACAGCUGUGGCCAGUGUGAGAAGAGUUUCACUAGAAAAAGUCACCUGACAGUACAUCAAUGCAUCCACACUGGAGAAAGACCAUACAGCUGUGGCCAGUGUGAAAAGAGUUUCAUUACGAAAAGCGACCUGACAGUCCAUCAAUGGACCCACACUGGAGAGAGGCCAUACAGCUGUGGCCAGUGUGAGAAGAGUUUCAUCAGAAAAAGUCACCUGACAGUCCAUCAACGCAUCCACACUGGAGAAAGGCCAUACAGCUGUGGCCGGUGUGAGAAGAGUUUCAUCACAAAAAGAGACCUGACAGUCCAUCAAUGGACCCACACUGGAGAGAGGCCAUACAGCUGUGGCCAGUGUGAAAAGAGUUUCACCAGAAAACGUUGCCUGACAGUCCAUGAACGCAUCCACACUGGAGAGAGACCAUAAAGCUGUGGCCAGUGUGAGAAGAGUUUCAUCAGAAAAAGUGACCUGACAGUCCAUCAGUGGACCCACACUGGAGAGAGACCAUACAGCUGUGGCCAGUGUGAGAAGAGUUUCACCAGAAAAAGUUGCCUGACAGUCCAUCCACACUGGAGAGAGGCCAUACAGCUGUGGCCAGUGUGGAAAGAGUCUUGUUCAAUUGGUACAUCAGGUAUUCCAUUAGUAUGACUGCAGAAGAGAGAGGCCAUGUCAUGUCUGAGUGUGACGAAGGCAUAUUUUUAUUAGUUCAUUGAAGCCCGUCAAUGAACAUUUCUGAAUGUAUGUAAACAUUUCAAUACAAUUCAUUACAAAAGCAAA